CGUCCCUCUCGCGAAUUAACUCGAGAAUACACGUGAAGACGCUAUUUAAAUUUCAAAAUGGAGGUGUUACUGUUUAUAAACAGUGGAAGGCAGCGGUAGCGAUAUUUGAUCCAGUUCAAGACUAGGCUACAAAUCUGUUAUUUUGCAAAGCCAUGAUUAUUUGGAAUCUUUGAUCUGAGGGACUGUGAAAGUGAGGUUUUAGUUGUAAAGUUGACCAGGGCAGAUGAGGUGACCUACGCGUACACGUAUGACCUACUGUCAAGAUGAUGGGUGACCAGCUGAUCUUAGAGGAGGACUACGAUGAGAAUUACCAAGCGACAGAGGAAGAAAUCCUGGAGUAUGCUCAGGUCAUUGGCAUCGAUGUGGACAAGGAGAAAGACUUGAUGUGGAUCGCGCGAGAAGGCAUCAGCGCACCGUUGCCGAGUGACUGGAAGCCAUGUCAAGACACAACGGGAGGAGACAUCUACUACUUCAACUUCGCCAGCGGCGAGAGCACCUGGGACCACCCGUGCGACGAGUUCUACCGCAAGAUGGUGAACGAGGAGCGAGAGAAGAAGCGACUGAUGGGGGGCGGAGCUGGGGCCGGUGGAGGGGGAGGGGCAGGAGGAGGCAGUGGUGGUGGGGGAGGAAAGAAAGACAAGAAGAAGAAAGACAAGACGGAGAAGAAAGGAAAGGAGAAGAAAGAUGUUGCGGGCAAGAAACUAGGAGGGCCUCUGGGGCCCUUGAAGGGCGAAUCCACGCUGGGGUCAACCCUAGGCGGUACAGGCACCCUGGGCAGUACAAGGGGCACAGGUCAGCUCAAUCCCUUGGGGUCACUCAAGGGUGCUGGAUCAACUCUCGGCUCAACACUAGGGAAAUCUGGCGCCAACCUCGGAGGAACGGCAGACUCCUCCCGUUUCUUGAAGAGCAACGCUGCCAGCCAGAAGAAGAGCCAGUCCAUGUCACUCAAAGGAGCCAGAGAGGAGAACAUCCAGAUGAUGCCUGACUUCUCUGAUGAGGAUUCUGGCACGCCCAGGUUAAAUCUUGACCUGGACCUUCAAGAUGUCGGUGGCUUAGGAUAUGAUGACUCAGAGUCUAGUGAUGGCAAACUCAAGGGAGUGGAAGUCUCGGACGAUGAUGACGAUUUUGACAGGGAUUUUGGUCGGUUGAAUCUGAUGGAUGCUGAUGAUCUCACACCUGCAGUUGCCGAAGAACCGGAGCCAAUCAAAUCAAGAUUCUUGAAAAGCAACAAAAAAGAGGAGACGAACAAAAAGGAUGAUGCCAAAGAGGAGAAAUCGGGUGGGGCCAAGCAACCACCCGCCGCGCUGGCAGCGAUGCCAGCCAUCAAGGUCACCUCAGUGCUAGACACGCCCACUGUCGCAGCUGAUCCAAAGCCAGAGGCCGCGCCUGCCAUAGGAGAGGCGGAGCCAGAGAUCGAUCUGAGGGCGUUGGCCGAGAAACGGGAGAGGUUAGAGAAGGACGGGGAAGAGGAGAUGCAGAACGAGACGGAGGAGAGCCUAGCCAAGAAACGUGAGGAGUACCAGAGAGACCGGGAGGAGCAGGAAGCCAAGCUGCGCAAGGACCACGAGACCUCCCUGGCCCACAUGAGGAAGAAGCUAGAGAAGGAGUUGGAGGACGCCAAGCUGGAGCUCCUGGACGACAAGGAGGACAGAAUGAGGAAGCUGAAGCAGGAGGCGGAGCAAACGGAAGAGGAGGAGGCAGAGAAGCUGCAGAAGGAGAGAGACAAGACUAUCCGCGAGCUGAGGAAGAAAGUCAAAGAGGACACGGAGGAAGAAGAGGCGAUGCUAAUGGAGGGCAAAUCGGACGCCAUGAGGAAGCUCAAAGAGACCAUACGCAAGGACCAACAGGAGCAAGAGGACAAGCUAAGAGCCGACAUGGACGAAACCCUGAAGACGCUGCGAGACGAAGUGCGAGACUUGCAGGAGAACGAGACGGCCAAGCUGGAGCUGGAGAAGAAAAAGAUGAUGGAUGCCAUCAAGAAAGAGGUGGGCGGGAUGGAGGAGACAGAACGGAGGGAACUACAGGACAAAAGUAGAAAGGUUUUGGACGAUCUGAGACACAAGUUAGAGUCCGAGGAGCGGACAGCCCUCUCCGACUUGCAGAAGGCACACGACGCAGAGCUGGAAAAGAAGACAAAGGAAAUGAAGCAAAAGCAUGAAAGGGAGAUGGACGACGUGAGAGCGAGAUUGCAGGAAGCCCAGGCAGAGGAGAAACGGAGAGAAGAGGACAAGCUACGACUUUCACGGGAGAAACAGUCUGCCGUACGGGACAUGGAAGGAGAGAUGGAGAACGUCUUGAAGGAGCGUAAGCAGGAAAUGAAAGAGGAACAGAAGAAGGAACUUGAGAAGAUGAGACGAGAACACGAGAGCAACAUGAAGACGACCAAGAGGGAAAUGGAAGAACUGGAGAAGAAGGAAAAGUUGGCACUCCAGUCCCAGUGGGAGGCAGAGAAGGACCGGCUGGCCCAGGACUUUGAGCUAGAGAUGCGGGAGAUGCGGCGGGACUUGGACCAGCGACGGGAGGAGCUGCAUCGGGCACACGAGGAGCAAGAGAACGCCCUGCGGGAGACGAGCGAGGGGCUGGAGGAGCGUCAGAAGGAGGCGGAGGCGGCCCGCAAUGCCCUGGAAAAAGAGGAAGGCAAGCUGAGGAAGAGUUGGGAGAAGCUAGAUGCCGAGAAGGAGAGGCUGGGAAGAAAGCAACAUGAGGUGCUGGCCAGCCAGGUGGCCAAAAUGGACCCAGAGGCGGUCAAGCAGAUCCAGGAGGAGAGACAGGAGUUGUUGGAGUCCAUCCAGGAGGAGAGGAAACGAUCCAAGCAGCUGGAGAAGGAGAAAGAGGACCUGCUUGCCACAGUGCAGAGACUGAAGCUGCAGGCCAAGACGUCACCCAGGAUGCCCCAGCGAAUCUCCGAGGAGGAUGGGCAGGACCUCGAUGAGCCGUACACCAACGGUCACUACCACCAGGCAGACGAAGGCUCCUCACCCCGCACCACCCUGAGAGUCCCCAAGACACCCAGCACCGGCGCCUUGAACUUGGAGGAGCUAUCUCAGCCCACACCAUCCCCUUCAAAAGGGGUUCGUCAGAUGGUUCAUCCCAGAGAUCUCCUGCGUACACCGGCCGAAAGAGAAGAUUACUUGCUGGAAGGUUCGGAUGAGGAGUACCAGGCACCUGCGAGGCGACGUGCAAGCGACCGAGUCUCCAGAGGGCGCCGUGAAAGCGACAGGAGUUCACGCUACACCUAUGGCAGCAGCGACACCGAUAUUGCCGGACUGCCAGAGCACAGGAGCAGAAAUCCCCGACGGCAGGCGUGGGGUCAGUUGGCCACGGACUCGGACGAGUCGGAAGACUUCACCGAGGCGGAAAUCAGACAGCGCAUGCAUCAGAUGGAUGCCCAGGCCAGGCUCCUAGAGGAGAACGGUGCCAUCCGGCGGGCCGGAGAGUUCCUCCGUCGGCAGCGCCACAUCCUGCGACAGCGCCAGCGGGCGCUGGGUGAGGCACGGCAGGAGUGGAGGAGGGACCUGCGGCAUCAGCAGACGGCGGGGCUGUCACCGGCCGGAGCAUCCAUCCUGGAGGACGUCAGACUUGGCUUGGAAAGGGAAGCUCUGGAACUUGACAAGGCCAUGGUCAACAUGUCCACUGGUCAUAGACUCAUCCGAGAGAAAGCCAGUAAGAUCAAGAAACUUGAGGCCUCCAUGCAAGACAGGCUUUCAGGCAGUGAGCUGGAUGCCAACUUUCCACACCUCUCUGUCUCCAACCUGUCACUCAGCGAUUCGUCCACCGGCAGCGACACCAGCCUGAGUGACCCUGAGGAGAAGGGCUCCAAAUCAGGUACCUCACCAGAGAAUCAGGCCUCUGCUGUGCUGUCUCAGUUGAAGCAGCUACUCAGAGACCAGCGGCAAGGUCCAUCAGCCUCUGGGCCUGGUCCAGGCGUUGCCCCCAGCAGUGAGAAUCCACUGACUGGCAGUCUUGGCACUGCUGGGGACCCCGUGGUCUCGUCGCUUAACAUCAUCAAUCAGCAGUUGUCCAACGUCAUGAGCCUGCUGCAGCAGCAGGCUCAGGCCAGGGUGCCGUCCACCGGGGACAAUCCGGCCAGUGACAUGGUCACUCCAGUCUCCCCCAGGCAGAGUAUGUCUGCUGGUGUACUGCCUUCUGCCACUCACACCGGUACCCAGCACCUGCCCAGAGGAUCACACGCCUCCGGGCCGAUUCCCCAUCUUGUGUCCGGUCAGCCUUCCCACAAUGCACUGCCAGCCCAAGGUGCACCGCAGUGGUCUCAUUCCAGACCCCCUUACAGCUACCCACAUCAGGAGAAUGGAUAUGGGAGCAUCCCGGUCUCAGACUACAAUGGCUAUUCCAGACCGGUCGGAGGGGGUCACCCAAGGCUGGCCACCACUUCCAGCUAUCCACAAGGUUGGUCCUCUGGUAUCAGAGCACAGAACCAAGUUGUUCCGAAUGUGAAAUUUGACGUGUCUUCGCUCCGAACAUCCGCCCCCAGGGAAACUGCUGAACAGGCUCUAGAACGGAAAUGGAAAACCUACUUUGGAGGCCAUGGCCUGUCUACCGCUUCCACAGCGUCCCGUCCAGGCGUGCCCAAUCCGUCUCUUGGCAAGCCCACCUUUGGGGGCUACGUCUCUGCCCGGGACCAGCUGCGAGCCUUCCGCCAGUCUGCCCAGACCAGCCCUACUCAUGCCCUCCCCAAUGAGGCAUCCCUGCCUGCCACCUCCACAGAAACCAAGCUUCAGCAGAUGAGCGACUGGGUGAAGGACUUCCGGCGGGAUGACAACCCAACUACCUCCACUGCCACUCCACUGUCUGGCCGGUCCGCACCAGCAACGAACUUCUCGCAGGGCAGCGGGCGCCGAGUGCCCUCCACCAGACUAGAACUGGACAGUAACAACCAGAUAAGAGUGCGAGAGAUUUGACUGACUGUGUGGGCUUUGACGAGGCUGAUCGACUGGAGGCUGGAAGGAGGGGACAGGUUGUAAUAUGAACACAUGUGAUUUCAACGAUUGGUUUGAACUUUCUCUGGGCAUUUGCUUCAGUAUUGGUGAGCUUUCAGUUUCAUCUAGGGUUUUCCCCACGGGAGGGGUGGAGACGGUAGACAAAGGGAGAGGAAAUUCUACAGGAGCCUGAAGGCUUCGUCUUGUGAUUGACAUGAAGAAUUCUUAGCAGGAAUAUCAGUAGAUAGUUGGGAGGUAUACGAGAUCAGUCAAAAGACACAUUGCACCAUCCGGUUGAAGCCAUGACACAACACAGUGCAUGCAUGCAACUAUUAAGUUUGAAUGAAGUGAAUCCAUUGACUUCCCAGCCGUUGUCUAUCGAUGUUGUUUUGAUAGCACCGAGACUUUGCAGAUAACUUGCUGACAGAAUAACUGUUAAUCUGAAGGGGUUGAGAAGAUCGGUUUUUCCAGUAGCUCACAUGAAAGGCAUUAUUAUCAAUUUAUUGGAACCGCUAGCCCAAGCUGAAACCAGCUUGUAUUCAUGUGUUCUAGCCUGGUUUAUCUUAAGGGCUGGGAUUUACACGAUCUUUGCAUUUAUAAUAGUGAUUAAGGCAAUGAUGAAAGUUCACUGUGCUUGAUUUAGAUUUUUAGUUGUGUGAUCAAACAAAAUGUGGCGGUUAUUAGAAUUGUUUGCUCAGUUAAUUUGCAGACUGUGGUUUCUAGAGAUUAAUAUGUCGAGAUUGUUGCAGAAUGCUGAUUUUUUUUUUACUCGUGAAAUUUUCAUCUAGUAUUUGAUACAGAAGGAUUGUAUUUUGUAACAAUUGAGUUCUUUCAUGAUUGAAUGAUUUUCAUUGUGGAGGAAAAUGUCAGCUUUUGUUCCUACUCCAGUAGACGGUUAUAAGAACAAACAUUCAAAAUGAUUCCCUCCUCCCAAAGAAUAGAAAACCCACGUUAUGGAUGAUUUGUCAUCACACCACGGGUAUCCUGAACCUUACGAGUCACGUACCAUUGGUACUGGGUGCAUAGGGACCAUUGAAAUCAGGCAUAUGCUUGUUGGAUUCAGAACAGUUUGGGUUAAAGGUUACACCAGAGCUUUCAAUAAGUCACCACGUGAUUCGUGCGUCUGCUCAGGCAACAGCUAUUGGUAGCCCAGCUCGCAAGAUGGUCUCAGGUGGCUGCACCGCACGCAAAGCGCCAGAAGGAGGCGGUUAAGAUGACAGUUAAAUUCAAUAGACCUUUUCACCCACGUGACUAAAUGUAAACAAUACCACCACGUAAAGACCGUACUGCCUUGGCCACGGUGAUCGUAUAUAAUCCUACGGGCAGCUUCAACCACGUACAAGCGCACGUGCGAACGCUGCAUUCUUGACUGGUUUAUCUUGAAUAAAUAGAUUACCAUCACAACACUAUGCACUCAUUGCCAUCACAACACAUCAGAGGUCCAGCACGAUCGUGACAUCACUCGAAAAAGGUCUAUACGAGUAAGUCCAGAAAUUAGGGGUCCAUUUUUUUUCGUGUCCCUGUCAUAUCGGACACAUGAUUUGUAAAUUCAGAACACACUUUCUAAUUUCCAAGAGUGAUGAAUUAAUGCAAAUUGCCUGCCAAACAAAUAGUAAUACUUUGAAAUUAAUGCCGGUGAUACGUGUAUGUCCAUGUCAAAUCACAAAGGUCAGUUGUAACACUUUUGGGCCUAAUUUCUGGAAUUACCCAUUUCGAAAAAUAAUGACAGAAGCAAACUGAUGUAUCAUGAAUCUGAUACGAAAUGACCUAAUUUUAGUUAUACCGCGAACUAUUUGUCAACUUUGAUGCCUUUCCAAUUCACUCAUCUGUUAAAACAACCCAACUUUAAAAAAACGCCUUUAAUGUUAGGUUUCCCAUAAUUCCAGUCGAACAUACGAGUGUCGUUUGGAUGGACAGAUUUCGUGGCUACUACGCGUGCCCCUACGUAUGUAAGACGUAUGCAAAUCUGUUGUAUUUAAAUACACCAACUGAAGAGCAAAGACAUACCGGUAUCAUUGUGCCCUACCAUUGUCUUCCUAUAAACAGCACAGCUAUAGGCCUACAAGCAUUUCAAGUGGGUGUUUCGAAAAUUUGAUAUUCCUCGCGUGCUACAAUGACUUCAUCUGCCUGUGUCAGUAGUCUGACACGCAUGAACAGUGUUUAAUGAAGUCACAUAUUGUCUUUGUUCUCCACUGUGUCCAUACCACCACAAACUCCCCCCCCCCAGCAUGAAAGAACACGGAUAUUUGUUACCGGUUAACGGGACAACUAUACACACUUUUUGAACUAUAGACGUUUGAGGGACCAAAUUUGCCAAAACGUUAUUUUGGAUACAUUUUUUGUCCGCACAGCGCAGUUCCAACUUCCCAACAAAAGAAAUUGCCCCCUUUACGUCGAGAAGGCCUUACUCUCGCCGUGAAAAUCCAAGAUUUAUGUCCCAAGUAUAGUUUGUAUACGAAAGUGUGUGUAAUCCUGUGUGUGGUGUAUGUGCGUGCAUAUUACUCAGAAGGUUAGACAACUUUUUUAUGACAAUGAUAAUUUUAUAGGAUGGAUUCCUCAUUAUGUUGGCAUUCCAACAGUUUUCAAAUCUGCAUCUUUGUCAGGCCAAGAACUUACCGAUGGUGUGCAUACAUUGUGUUGCAUAUUUUGUAAAUGAAUGAACGCUUCGCCUUUUGUAUAGUAUCGAAUGGGUUGUUUGUAACAAAUUGUUGUAUAGUUUUGAAGCCAUUUUUCAGGUUUGGACCUCAUAUUGUACAUACACAUCCGAGAUAUUUUCAACGGAAAUAAAGUGUGACUGUCAGAGA